UGCUGACCCUUUUUCAUAUUUGUUUUCGCAAGAUGUUGACAGACGCCUCACAGCAGGAGACUGUGGACAGUGUAGACACUGUGGAGAGUGUCGAUACUGGGGAUCAGCCCUUGCCCUCCUCCACUUCUGACGCUGGGACACAGUGUUCUUUGAAGCCCCCCCGAUGGUCUCACGCUGUGCAGGUUAACCUGAAGCCCAAGAUGGUCAGCGUGGGCACACAGACAUCAUUCGGCACACAAACCUCCACUCCCCUUGCUAGUCCUGAACAGACAGAUGAAGAUGAUGAUAAUGCCUCUGUCAUCAGUGACUUAUCGUGGGUGCCCGAAGAGCCGAUGCGUGAGGAGGACUUGUUUGAAGAGGAGCCACCUUACACGUGUGACCCCCAUCACAAUGGCAUUGACAAAUUCAUUGUUUGCCAAGAGGAGCUGAUGGGCCUUUUUGUCAUCUGUCCGGCCUGUUGUGAGAGGUCAGAUAGUAGCAUCGUGCAGCAGGAAGGAACUUUUCUUAAGAUCAAGCAGGUCUGUGCAUCAUGUGGCUACCACCGUUUCUGGCAAAACCAGCCAAUGCUCCACAGGAACAUGCCGACCUGCAACCUCCUGUUAAGCGGGGCCAUUCAUUUCACUGGAUGUUUGGCCACCCAGACAUUAAGAAUGUUGACUCUGUUUGGCCUGCAGUGCAUCAGUGCGAGCAGUUACUUUCGCCAUCAGCGCCGCUACACCAUCCCUGUAAUCGUUCAGGCCUGGCAAAACGAUCAAGCGAAGAAUUGUCAACCUCUGUGUGCGGUGUUGUCUGGGUUCACUGUGUGUCAGCUUGAUAUGCUUUUGCAUGUAUCACUGCAUAUGCAUUCAUGAAAGAGUGUGAGUGUGAGUGACUGUGUGUGACUGUGUGUGAGUAAGUGAGUGUGAGUGAGUGUGAGAACCAUCAGUUGACCCUCAGGUAAGACCACACUUUUGCAGGCAAAAGAAACAAUGUGCAAAGGUUUCAGGUCUAGCCCUUCAUCAGUGGGCUUUUUUUAUAUAGAUUUGUUUACUUGCAACCUGUGUCUUUGUUCAGUAAUCCUUGUCCUUGUUCAGUAAAUGUUUAGUAACCCUUACAAGCAAUGCCAAUAAACUGUUUUUUCUUAUUAA